AUGAAGAGUUUCGAUGACGAAGACGGUGGUGGUGGUGCAAGGAUGGGUGGUGGCAAUGCGCGAUUCGACAGAGGCGACUUGAGCUCCGAACCUCAGGGUUACCAGAGGCAGCAACGGCAGCAGCAAGAGCCUAGGCCUUCGCCACAGUUUCCUCCUCCGAAAGACUUUGUGGGGGGCUUUUUGACAAGCAUAAACCAGGACCUCCUCGUCUCCAAGACGUUCUACUUCUUUUUCUUCUCGGCCUUCGGCUCGCUUUUCCCCUUACUCGCUGUCUACUUCAAACAAAUGGGAAUGAACGCAACGCAAAGUGGGCUCCUGAUCGGCAUUCGACCUCUGGUGGAGUUCAUCAGCGCUCCCAUGUGGGGCGGCAUUGCGGACCGCUUCAAAAAAGGCAAAGUCAUCCUGCUCGGCUCCCUGGCCUGCUGGAUUGUGUUCACACUGUCGCUGGCCUUCGUGCAGCCGCCCCCGUCGUCCUGCAUCGAUUACAACGACACACACCACGUGCUGUACCUACCAGACACCGGACAGCGAGAGAAGCGCGGCGCCGACUUCUGGUCGGACCAGGUCUCGGUCCAGGAGGAGGAUAUGCCCCCGAGGCUGCAGCGGAAGCCCUCCAGCACUCAAGCACCUCCUCUUCCGCCGGUCGGCAAGGGCCGUGCCAAGGCCAAGCAGCUUCCACCCAACUACGUGGUGGGCAAGUCUCCCAAUACGGUGGAGUACACGCUCAACUACAACCAGGAGCGCCACACGUCCUACAUUUCACCGCCGUUCAGCUCCAUCGUGUACAAGUACGAAGACGUCCAAGAGGUGUUCUUCCUGCUUCUCCUGCUGAUCGUACUCGGCGAGUACUUCAGCGCUCCGGCGAUCACGUUGGCUGACUCUGCGACAAUCUCCUAUCUGGGAGAGAACUUGGACAACUACGGGAGGCAGCGGAUGUUCGGUUCCCUGGGCUGGGGUGUGGCCAUGUUCUUCGUAGGAAUCGCGCUGGACCACUCCACGUCCUUUCCGAACCAUCCGUGCGGGCCUUACGAGAAGGAGCGCAACUACACCAUCUGCUUCGCCACCUUCUCCGUGCUCAUGGGUUGCGCCUUUAUCUCGGCCACGCAGCUCAGGUUUGAGUACUACCCUGGCCCGCAGGACGACAUUGUGCUGAAACCCGUCGUGAUGAACAGCGACGCCAACAAGCCCAUCACCAUAGAAGACAUCGCGCCGGGAAUUCCUGUUGCACGGCCACAGAAAGAGGAAGAGGUGGUUCCUGAAACAGCUAAAAGCACGGUGUUCGCGCAAACGACGCGCAAGCUGCCCGAACUGCUGGCCGUGCUGCGGUCAUUCGCCACCCUGCGCUACGCGGCCUUCCUGUGCGUCACCUGGUUCAUGGGCUUCGGCAUCGGCCUUGUCUUCACCUUCCUCUUCUGGCACCUACAGGACCUCGAAGGCACGCCCACGCUUUUCGGCGUCGCCUCGGUCAUCAACCACGUCUCGGAGAUAUUCGCCUACUUCUUCAGCUUCCGAUUCAUCCGGCAGAUAGGACACGUCAAGGUACUUUGCGUUGGACUCAUCGGCAACGUGUGCCGAUUUCUCUACAUAUCCUGGCUGACAAACCCUUGGUGGGUUCUACCAUUCGAGUUUAUUCAAGGCGUGACGCACGCCGCGGUCUGGGCGGCCUGCUGCUCGUACAUCAGCCAGGCCACACCCGCCAACCUGAGGUCGUCGGCCCAGGGAGUUCUUCAGGGUCUGCACCACGGUUUGGGUCGGGGCUGCGGCGCUGUCAUCGGCGGAAUUUUCGUCAACAACUUUGGCACGCAGGUCACGUUCCGGGCCUACGGCUUCGCCUGCCUGGUGGUCCUGGUGGCCUUUGUUUUCGUCAACUACUACCGCAAGGACCGGGGCUUCGCGGCCUUCAGCGACGACGACGACGAACCCCACCUGGUGGUCGAAGAGUCGUCGCACCUGGCGCCGCACGGGGUGCCCUCCAACCCGAUGCAGCACUCGCUGUCCAAGCAGAACCUGAGCGAGGGUGCCGGACCCGGAGGUGGCGGACAGCAGGGGGAUCAGCAAGGGGGCACGCCCGGAGGACACACUCAGGGAGGCUUCCUCAAUAUUCCUGGCACUGGAAGCCAAGAUCAACAGGGUUUCGGCACCACGUACUCGAGGAUCAACCCCAAGAGCAGGCUAGAGACGUCUCCGGAGGUGCCGUCGCGUGCCUUCGGCAGAUCCUCCCUCGCUGCUGCCUUCAAUCCCAAGGGGAUCAUGGCAGGAGCCGUCAGUCCCGAAGCACCUCACCAGAUGGAUCGCAUCAACAGGGACUUUGAGGUAUAUGUCUACUUGUCUCUCAUUCAGGCCUACCGGGACAUCACAUCAAUAAAAGAAGACCCUUCGUGCAUCGAAGGGAAGGUCCUGGAAGCGCCACGACUCAAGACCUCACCAUUCGCUCUCCAGCCCGACCGGAGACAAGCUGCUGGCGCCUACGCCUGGUAG